AAUGAGACCCUUAAUUUUAAAAGGUCACGAGCGUCCCUUGACAAUGUUGAAAUAUAAUAGUGAAGGAGACCUUCUCUUUUCAACUGCAAAGGACUCAACUCCCACGGUUUGGUGGACUUCCAAUGGGGAGCGAAUAGGAACCUAUCGUGGACAUAAUGGAGCGGUUUGGUCGAUAGAUGUGAAUAAUGAUUCGACGAGAGUAGUAACUGGUUCCGCAGAUAACAGUGCCAAAUUUUGGAGAGCAGAAACUGGUGAGUGUAUAUUGACGUGGACUCACAAGUCUCCUGUCCGUUGCGUUUCUUUCUCUAGUGACGAUCAGUUUGUUUUUGUUGCAACAGCGAUGUUGAUGGGACAAUCUUCAGAGAUUUACCAAUAUCUUGUGGAUUCUGAAAGUUUAGAAGAAGCAAGUGUUCCUAUUCGAACUUUUUCUGGACAUUCGGCUACUGUGACUCGGGUAGUUUGUCAUCCCACCGAAAAAACUUUGAUAUCAACUGGUGAAGACGGAACUGUUCGAAAGUGGGAUAUCGAAACUGGUCGAAAUACGGAGACAGUUACAAUACAUCAGAAGCCUAUCAACGAUUUACAGUUAUCAAAGAGUGGCGGACAGCUGAUCACAGCUUCAUCUGACUUUAGCGCAAAAAUUUUAGACUUUCGUUCUCUAAAGGUGUUGAAAACGUUUCUUACAGAUCGACCGGUUAAUUCAGCAGCUAUUUCACCCAUUUUGCCUCAUGUAUUAUUAGGUGGUGGUCAAGAAGCCUCACAAGUUACAACUACUGGAGAUCGCGCUGGAAGAUUUGAAGCGAGACUAUUUCACUUAAUCUACGAGGAUGAAAUUGGUAUUAUUCGUGGGCAUUUUGGUCCUAUCAAUACGGUUGCAUUUUCACCCGAUGGUCUUCAGUUUGCAAGUGGUGCUGAAGAAGGCUUUAUUCGAUUGCACAACUUUGAUGAGGAAUAUUUUCAAGCAAGCUAUAAUUAAGGUUGGCUUUGAAUAUGAAGCAGCUUGGUCGCAAUAAAGUAUUUUGAAA